CCCGAGUAUAACAAGAUGUCAACAUCAGAAAAGGAGAUCAAGGUCCUACUGUUUGGACUCGGCGCCAUUGGAGGCUUCUAUGCCUUUGUACUUGGCCGUAAUGACAACGUAUCCUUAAGUGUAGUAGCAAGAUCGAACUACCAACAGGUCAAAGAACUCGGUCUCCGGAUCGAAUCUGAAAACCACGGCAACCACAAAGUCAACAUCGACGAAGUCUACAAGUCACCAGAGGAGAUCACAUCAUCGUUCGACUACAUUGUAUGCACGCACAAAGCCGUCAACCCAUCAAGAGUACCACCACUUCUGGAGAAUGCGGUAGGUGACAAGACAACCUUUGUCAUUAUCCAAAAUGGCGUCGGCAAUGAAGAGCCCUUCCGCAAAAUCUACCCGAACAACACAAUCAUCAGCUGUGUAACAUGGGCAGGAGCAACCCAAACCUCUCCCGGCCUAAUCCGUCACACAAAAUCCGAAGACAUGCAAAUGGGUCUCUUCCCCAACACUUCAAUCGAUAAAACGCUAGAGCAAAGGCGUCUAGACACUUUCGCAAACGUCCUCACCACCGGAAAUACAAUCUUCCAAGUCGAAAGCGAUAUCCAAAUCAAGCGCUGGGAAAAAGUGACUUGGAAUGCAGCUUGGAAUUCCAUAACCACACUCACAGAUGUGAAUACGCAGGAUUGGCUCAAGUCAACUCCAGAAGCCAUGGCUAUCACAAAACGCCUCAUGCAUGAAGUCAUAGAUGUAGCAAAUCGCUGCAAUGUACCUUUGAAGCAUGAGCUUACGGAUCAAUUGGUGGAUAAGAUAUUAGCUAUGCCUGGCAUUUUCUCGAGUAUGCAUACGGAUAUGAAGGAAGGGAGACCGUUGGAGGUUGAUGUCAUUUUGGGGUAUCCGGUGAGAAUGGCGAGGGAGCAUGGUAUGGAUACACCGGUGUUGGAUACCAUUUACGCUCUCACUGCUGCUGUAAACGGGAGAUUGAACAAGCUAUAGAUGAGCAUAAUCUUGA